AUGGAUUAUGGAGAUGAUACCGGUGGUGUUAGAGAUAGUGACGAUAUGGAGGACAAUGUCGACACCACCGAUAGUGAUUCUGAGGAUGAUAAUAACACUAACUUUGGUGAUGAUGAUAAAGAGAACAUCUCAGAUGAGCAUUUGCACAGCUUCGAAACACAGCCACACAGCUCAGAUGCACCUCUACACAAAGAUGCUGCAAAUCCAGCCAUGGCUCCACCGUACUCGAGUAUGUAUGACUGGACCUUGCUUGAUAAAGUCGGGAAUGGUAAGCCAUAUUCUAAAUGGGAGUCGGAUGAUGUUGUGGGUUAUGAGUUUGAAACCCUUGUGGAGGCUGCCAAGUUCUAUUCAACUUAUGGUUGUGCCAUGGGAUUCAGCGUACGGAAGAACACUCACACAUAUUCAAAAUAUGGAGUUAAAAAUAUGCAGCGAUGGGUUUGCUCACGCGAGGGGGAGCGUCAACCAGUGCACAAUGACAAGGAGAACAGAAAGCGUGAACCUAGGCCUGUAACAAGGCUCCAUUGUCCGGCAGCUUUCAAAGUCAGUUUUUUUGAGGCAACUAACCGAUUCAAGGUGAAACAGUUUAUACCAACACAUUUUCAUCACUUAGCUGGAGCACAUGAAGUGCAGUUUUUGAGUUCUCGUCGCAAGGUAGAUGACGCAAGUAAGGCUCAGAUUCGAUCACUUAGGGCUGCUGGUAUUCGCACCAAUCAAAUAAUGGAUUAUCUAGUGAAUUGUGCGAGAAGCUUUCAGAACUUGGGUUUCACUAAGACCGAUGUCUACAAUUUUGUUAGUGCGGAUCGGAGGUCGGAGAUCUUGGAUAGUGAUAGUGAAGCUGCACUUGCCUACUUACAAGCACGGGCAACUACCGAUCCUCGUUUUUAUUGUAGAUAUACAGUAAGUGAUGGUGGUGAACUAGGCAAUAUGUUAUGGGCUGACUCUUCUUCACAAUUGGAUUAUAGUCUCUUUGGAGAUGUUCUUGUUUUUGACUCGACGUACAAAACUAAUGCAUAUAAUCUUCCAUUUCUUCUAUUCAUUGGUGUGAAUAAUCACAAUCAAGCACUGUUUUUGCAUGUGCUUUACUUGCGGAUGAAACGGCGGAGAACUACGUAUGGAUUCUAA